AUGACGAAACGAGAAGACACGCCAGAGUCUCUGUGCGAGUCUCAAGACAUUGAAUUUCGAUACCUGGAGCUGGAAACGCCGCUCCCUACGCCAUGCAUUAGUCUUCCACCAGGCCCAAACCAGUCCCCUCCACCUGAACCGCCUAGUUUGAAGAAAUACACUUCUCCAUUCCUGUGGCCGAAAUGGCGCAAGUCAAUGAUGACUUAUAUUGCCUGUGGCGUCACAGCGCUGGCCGGUUAUGCGGCCGGAGAAGUGAGUCCUGCAUCGGAGGAGUUGACGAAACUAUGGGGAAUCAGUACUGUGGUGUAUAAUUUGAGCAUCACGCUUUUCUGCUGUGGCUUUGCUCUUGCGCCCAUGGUGCUAGCACCGUUCUCGGAGAUUAAUGGACGGCGGCCGAUUUUCAUCGCUAGCGGUAUUCUUUUUGUUGCAAGCUUGGUCGGUUGCGGAGGCACACGUUCGUUCGCUGGACUUUGCGUAGCUCGGUUCUUCCAGGGUGUUGGUGGUUCAACAUUCUCCACCAUGGUUGGAGGUGUUAUUAGUGAUAUCUACCACGCCCACGAGCGCAACACGCCUAUGGCCCUCUUCUCGGCAGCGGCACUCUUCGGUACCGGCCUGGCACCGCUGAUUGCCGGUGUUAUUGUCAGCCGUACCACCUGGCGCUGGCUGUUCUAUUCGCACGCCAUUGUCUCGGCCGCCUUCGUCGUUGUCAUCUACUUCUUCUUCAAGGAAACUCGAGGCAGCGUCCUGUUAAGCCGAAAGGCCGCGAAACUCAACAAAUAUUAUGAGCAGCUGGAAGAAGCUGGCCACCAUGGUGUCAUGCUUUCGAGUGAAGAAUCACCGGAUGAGAAAAGCAUUCGCAGAAUUAGAUGGAAGGUGAAGAGUGACGAACAGCGAGCCUCGCUUGUCUCUAUGAUCCAAAUCUCGGUCUCUCGUCCAUUCCACAUGCUCUUCACUGAGCCGGUCGUGUUCUUCUUCUCCCUAUGGGUAUCUUUCAGCUGGGCAGUCCUCUAUCUGCAAUUCGGCUCUGUGCCACUAAUCUUCCGUACAAAUCACAACUUCACCGUCGAGCAAUGUGGUGCAGUUUUCACGUCGAUGUGUGUUGGUGUGAUCCUGAUCAGUAUCAUCAGUAUCUAUCAGGAACGAAUUGCUGCCCGUUUCGGAUUCAAAACUACGGCUGCCGAGGGACGACUGUACUUCGUUUGUAUUGAGUCAGUACUCCUGCCUAUUGGCAUGUUUUGGUUCGGCUGGACUUCUUUCCCAUCUGUGCCUUGGAUCGUGCCUGCUAUGGCUGUGGGGUGUUCCACCAUGGGAAUUUUCUCGAUCUAUCUCGCUACCUUCAACUAUCUUGCUGAUACUUAUCAUCGGUACGCAAGUUCGGCGAUUGCGGCGCAGUCUUGCUGCCGGAACCUGCUUGGUGGUGUCUUUCCGCUAGUGACGAACGCCAUGUUCAACAACCUUGGAUUCCCAGAAGCGUCAAGUUUGCUCGGAGGCAUUGGCGCUGGGUUGACUUUGGUCCCUUGGGUGUUGGCCUUGUAUGGACCCCAGAUCCGGGCAAAGAGCAAACUCGCAAGUGAGCUCGCACAUUAA